AUGAACGGCAUCUCGGUCAGCGAACUCUGUUGCCUCUUCUGCUGCCCGCCCUGCCCUGGCAGGAUUGCCUCCAAGCUGGCUUUCCUGCCCCCGGAACCCACCUACACAAUGGUCCCGGAACCGGAACCCACCGCCGGCAGCGCCAGCAACGGCUCUCUCCGAAGUGGCGCCCUGGCCCGCUGGAAGCUCCAUUUGACGGACCGGGCGGACUUCCAGUACGCCCAGCGAGAGCUGGACACCAUCGAGGUGUUCCUGGCCAAAAGCAACCGAGGGAACUGGGUGAGCUGCAUGUACAUCCGGUGCGUGCCGGGCGCCAGGUUUACGGUUCUCUUUUCACACGGCAACGCCGUUGACUUGGGCCAAAUGUGCAGCUUCUACAUUAGUCUGGGCACCCGGAUCAACUGCAACAUCUUCUCCUACGACUACUCUGGCUACGGGGUCAGCACGGGGAAGCCCUCCGAGAAGAACCUCUACGCCGACAUUGAUGCAGCCUGGCAGGCCCUGCGGACGCGAUAUGGGAUCAGCCCGGAGAACAUCAUCCUCUACGGGCAAAGCAUCGGCACCGUGCCCACGGUAGACCUGGCUUCCCGAUACGAAUGUGCCGCCGUCAUCCUGCACUCGCCGCUGACUUCGGGCAUGCGCGUCGCCUUCCCGGAUACCAAGAAGACUUACUGCUUUGACGCAUUCCCCAACAUUGACAAAGUGUCCCGGAUCACCUCCCCGGUCCUCUUCAUUCACGGCACAGAGGACGAGGUGAUUGACUUCUCCCAUGGCCUGGCCCUCUACGAACGCUGCCCCAAGGCCGUCGAGCCCCUCUGGGUGGAAGGCGCCGGGCACAACGACAUCGAACUCUACAGCCAGUAUUUGGAUCGUCUGCGGAAAUUCAUCUCGCAAGAUCUGGCCAGCCAGUACAACUGAGCACGCUGACUCCCUCUCCCCUUUGGCCCUUCCCUCCGGCAAGGACCCCUGGCUCCUCGGUUGAGAAAGGGGAGGAAGGAAGGAGGCGCUCACGGAUCCGGUCGUGGCCUGCUGCCCACGCUGCAAGUUACACACACACACCUACACCUCGUCUGCCCACCGACACAGGACCAGCCUCGUGCCUUCUGUGGCGGGCUUGAGUCUCUGGAGGGACGUUGAGCCUUCUUGUGCUGGGGUCUUUCCUCUCCAUUGCUGGCCACCAGCCCUGGGGCCUCUGGUCACAGCUGCUGCCAUCUUCAGUCACGUGUCCGUCCCCGUGCUGAGGACGGGGCCCCGAUGUCGCCCCUCGUUUCGGGACUCUGAAAAACUUUAGCAUUGCAAGGUUGCUUUUUUCUUUCCUUUAAAAAAAAUCACAUUGUAUUUCUGCCUCUCCACCUCCCAAUCCUGUCCCGAACCUUGUUUUCUCGUAGCCCUCCGCGUGUCCCAGUGAUAGCAAUAAGCUGCCGUGUCGGAGGAGGGCAGACGGUGACACAGAUGCUGCCCCCGGGGUAGCGAGAGGUGCAUUGCAUGAUGGGUAAACAGCUUGCUCUACGUCCGGCCAGAGCACCGCCCCCCCCAGAGGCUGGCGGACCUCGGUGAAGUUUCUCUUCGCUCGGAUGCCCUGCAGCGGUACGGGGCCCGUAUCGAGGGACCCGACGUGGCUGAUUUGCUCGAGCCGACACGAAGAGUGGGGGAGGGAGGGUUGACCUGCUCCGUCCGCAGCCUCCUGGGUGAUCUUGUGUUAAUUGCCCUCUUUCCCCCUUCACUCUGUCCAGAUGUUCCCACAUGUUUGGGCCAUGCUUUACUUCAUUCCUGUUGCGCAGGCUUUGCGGGGGAGGAGAGGAGAGGCCUCUCUGCCCGUUUGUUUUGGAAACAAAGAGGAAUAAAAGUUUUAAAGGUU